CUGACACACGCGCCAAGAAGGUGCAGGUAGCAAGCACCACACCAGCGGCAUGUUGAAUGAGCUAAAGAAGCAAACGUCCAAGCCAAAGCUGACGAAUCCACCGCAAGACCUAGCGUCUCCCAGCGUACCACCCGUGCUCGAUGAUACCAAUGGCCAGCUGAUUAGUAGUCGAGCAGCCAAGUAUCAAGUCGAGGAAGGGGGAUUGAUCCCCAAGUCGUCGGCGAGGCAUCCCCUCCACGACUCGAACAAGAUCGUCCCCGUCCGCGAACGCCUGCAUCGCAACUCGGCGGGGGCCACCGACGACGCCAACGACAUGCGAAUGCGCAAGAACAAGGAGUUUUUCCAGUCCAAGCGCGUGCACAAGUCAACUAACGGCCGCCCCACCAAGAGUAACCUGUACAAGCGGCAAGCGUACUUGCAUCCAAACUCGCAAUUCCGCGCGGGAUGGGACCUGUUUAUGAUCGUGUUGCUCGUGUACACGUCGCUACUGACGCCAUACGAGAUUGCGUUCGUGGAAACGGUGACUGUGGACGGCCUCUUCAUGGUGGACCGCAGUGUGGACUUGUCGUUUCUCAUGGACAUGGGCUUCAACUUUAUGACACCGUUCGUGGACAAGGAAAACAACCAACUCAUUGAAGACAUGGGUCAAAUUGCCCAAAAGUAUCUGACGGGCUGGUUUAUCUUGGACUUUGUAUCCAUCAUUCCGUUUGAUGUGAUCAGCAUGACGUUCAAAGGCGACUCGGGGGGGCCCGAAAUAUCGGCCAAGAAAGACUUGACAUCACAUUUGAAGAUCAUUCGCAUCAUCCGACUGUUCCGCCUCAUCAAACUCGUGCGCGUGCUGCGAGCGUCGCGCAUUUACUCGCGUUGGGAAGCCAUUCUCGGGUUCAAAUACACAAGCGUCAAGUUGGCCAAGUUUCUGUCGUGCGUGUUGAUUCUGGCGCACUGGCUCGCGUGCUUGUGGGGGCUCACGCCGGCGCUCGAAGAUGUCGGCCCCGACGAGCACUCGUGGAUGGACGCGUACCACGUGGACCAGAGCAGCGCACUGGAGAAGUACGUCGUGUCGCUGUACUGGAGUGUCAUGACGAUCGGUACGGUCGGGUACGGGGACGUCCAGCCCAAGACGGACUUUGAGCGGUGUAUUUGCAUCGGGUGCAUGCUGUGCGGCGGUGGCACGUACGCGUACAUCAUUGGGGCCGUGUGCGGACUUGUGGCAUCGAUGGACGAAGCAGAAACGGAAUUCAACCAGCAAAUGGACCACUUGAACGUGUACAUGAACAAGGAAAAGGUGCCGCGGGACAUGAAGGUCAAACUCCGCGAGUACUUUUUGCACAGCCGCGACUUGUUGCAGCACAAGUACUUUAGCCACGUGAUCGCGACGCUGUCGCCGGGGCUGCGUGGGCUCAUCUCGGUCUACACCAACGGCGAGUGGGCCAACAACAUUUACUUCUUCAACGGCGGGCCAUAUGACGAGCACGUGCGCUUCGUCACGGCCAUCACGCAGCAACUCAAGGCCGAAUUGUACCCUCCAAAUGAAAACAUCGUCGACCUGGGCGACCCCACCGACAAGAUGUACAUCAUUUCCAAGGGAAUUGUCGCGCGCAUGGGCCGGGUCAUGGGCAAGGGGCGGUUCUUUGGCGAAGACGUGAUUCUUAGCCACGGUAUCCGCAAGUACACGGUCCGAACGCUGACAUACGUGGACGCGUACUCGCUGUCCCGGACAGACCUCGAGAGCGUCCUCUCCCACGGCAUGUUUCCAUUCAAGACCAAGCAGAUUAGGGUGGCCGCGAGCUUCUUGGCGCUCAAACGGCUGCUGCAGUCGCUCAUGCUCGAGCUGCGCCUUCUGCGACGAGACACGGCCUCCAAGGGGUUUACCAGUGUCCACGAAACUACGUGGAUGCGACGGAAAUUGCUUGGAGACCCCCUCGCGACCCACAAUCAAGUGCAGUUCCAGCUUCAUCUGGCCAUGGAGCGACUCACCACAGCCGUGAAACACUGCGACGACUCGAUGGAGGACGCAGCCCAAGCCAGGCUGGCCUCCUCCACAGACGGCUCCAUAUUGUUGUCGGCGGCCCACAAGCGGACUGAUUCCAUCGCCACGUCCAAGCAAUUGCUUUUGCAGGCCAUCGCGAUGCUGCAGAAGUUGUCUGACACGCGGGUGCCGCCACUCUCAGCGUGAAAGAACGGGGCUAUUAGAAAGCCAUGCUGUCUACAUAUUUGGUCAUCAAGUGGCCAAUAUGACAGCAAUGCAAGCUCCAUCUUUACGUGGUACUAGUACAGUGUUGAC